AUGCCUCGAAUCCCCACCGUCGAGCUCAGUAGAUAUCUACUGACCGGCCACAUCGCCUCUCCCGGUUGUCUUCGUGCCCGUGCCGCACUUCCCGGCAAGAAUACGCGCGUAGCUCUCGGCGGUGCUCCUCUCCCCUCGCGACAGCUUCAGCCUCGUCAACACGCCUGCCACCUAACGACUGAAACCUCCCCGGCGAACCCCUCAACCACAACCUCUUCUCCCGCCGCCGCUGCCCCCUUCCGCAAACAACUAAAAGAACAAGCCAAAGCCCUCAAAAAGUCGGGCCACAAGAAGAAAAAGAGCAGCGACAACCAAACAGUCCCCGGCUGGGAACUCACCGUCGGCAUCGAGAUCCACGCCCAACUCAACACCGCCCACAAGCUUUUUUCUCCCGCAACCACGCCCUUCAACGACCCACCCAACACCCACGUCGCCCCCUUCGACCUCGCCCUCCCCGGCUCCCAACCGCUUUUCCAGCCCGCCACACUGAUUCCCGCCGUCCGCGCCGCUUUGGCUCUCAACUGCUCCAUCCAGCCCGUCAGUCGGUUCGACAGGAAACAUUACUUCCACUGGGACCAGCCGAGCGGGUACCAGAUCACGCAGUUUUACGAGCCGUUUGCCAAAGAUGGCUUCAUCACGCUCUACGCGAGGGACGGGAUCGCGGCGGAGGAUGGGGAAGAGAUAAAAGUCGGGAUCAAACAGGUGCAGAUGGAGCAGGACACGGCCAAGACUACGGCACAACCGGGCGAUGUCCAGUGGUUGGAUUUCAAUCGCGUCGGGGUUCCCUUGAUUGAGAUCAUCACGCUUCCCGAAAUCCACCACCCCGCUACGGCGGCGGCGUUGGUGAGAAAGGUGCAGAUGGUUUUGGCGAGUGUGGAUGCGUGCGUGAGCGGGCUGGAGGAGGGCGGACUAAGGGCGGAUGUGAAUGUUUCGGUCAGGAGGAUGGAUGAUCCCAGUGGGAAGUUGGGCACGAGGACGGAGAUCAAGAAUUUGAGCAGUUUCAAGGCGGUCGAGGACGCGAUUAUUGCUGAGAGGGAUAGGCAGAUCAAGCUACUGGAGGAAGGCGGGGAGGUGAAGGGGGAGACGAGGGGGUGGAGUUUGGGAAGCACGGAGACGAGAAGGCUCAGAGGGAAGGAAGGCGAGGUGGAUUAUCGGUAUAUGCCUGAUCCGGAUCUGGGGCCGGUGGUGAUCGGGGAGGAUCUGGUGGCAAGGUUGAGGGAGACGAUGGGGGUGUUGCCGGACCAGGAGGCAGAUCAGUUGAUGGAGAGGUAUAACCUCAGCGCCAAGGAUGCCUUGUCGUUGAUGUCGCUUGAUGGUGGAGCUAGGAUUCAGUACUUCUACAAUGUGCUUGACUCCCUUGAGGAACGCCUCGUCGCCGAUGGGCAAGCCGUUCCAGAAGGCGCGGAACACGCAACCCUGGCUGCGAACUGGUGUCUCCACGAACUUGGCAAGCUCACCGACUCCGCUUCUUCCUCUACCUCCUCAGAUACAGAUGUCCUCGAAGGCCUAGCCAUGACACCCCUCGGCGAAUCACCCCUCGUUCCCUCCUCCUCCCUAGCCGCCAUCCUCCACCACCUCUACUCCCGCACCAUCACCGCCAAAGUCGCCAAGGACCUCCUCUGGGCUGUCUACCGCGGCGAGAUCCCCGAAGGCGGAACAACCAGCUACAUUGAUACCCACGGCCUCUGGUUCAAGGAGCUGCCAGAGGAGGAAUACGCAAAACUGGUGGAUGAGGUUAUCCAAGGAGAGGAGAAGAUAUUGGGCGAGUUCUUGAGGUGGAAGCAAGGGAAGAUGAAGGCGUAUCCCCAGGGAAAGCUGAUGUUUUUGGUGGGAAAGAUGAUGAGAGGGGGGCCGGAGGGGAGGGUGGAGGCUGCUGGGGCGGAGAGGGUGUUGAGAAGAAGGAUUGAAGAGGUCUAUUUGCCUGAGCUGGAGAAGGGGGAGUAA